AUUUUUGGUAUAUAGUGCUUUGUUGUAUUUAUUGUAUAAAUUUACGACAUAGAAAUGAAAAUGAGCUCAAAUCACGUUUCUAGACUGUUAUAAAUUUCCUAUAAAAAUUUUGAAAGAAAUUUACAGUGAAGGUCAAAUAUCUUAUAAUCAUUUUGUAUAAAAUAUGUUUUGCUUGAAAAAUGUGUCAACUUCCAUGUAGCAAUUUUGCAGGCUAUAUAUCUAUAUUUACAACUAUAUACUCUUUUAGAACAGCGUCGUCUGCAUUUUGGUCUUUUGCUGCUUAUACUUACUAGUAUAUUAUGCCAAAAUUAUUUGUAAUUAUUCGCGUCUGUAUAUAAUAUUUUGUUCAUCUCACCAUGAUAAUUUGACAUUUUUCUUUUUUUGAAAAUUUCUUUGAACAUGGGAAAGUUUAAUGUUUUUGUAAAACGAAAAAGUUUACGCAACUGCUUUUCUCAGCGUGCUGCUUUAUGUUAAUAAAUGUAAACAUAACCUAUUCGAUUGUUUACAUGUUAAAUGAAAAGUGUAAAAAUUGUUAAUAAAGUUGUUACUAUAAUGUUACUAUGACGUCCAAAACAUCAUUCAUCGUUAAUGAAGCUCCAGCCAAUGCGCUGGCCCUUAAUAGCGAUAAUUCGCAAGUAGUUAUUGCUGGUAGAAAUGUUUUCAAAAUAUUUUCAUUACUGGAAGAUAAAUUUGAAGAGGUUUGCAAUUUACGCGUCGGAAAAAAUUUGAAUUUGAAUUUUUCAUGUAAUGAUGUUGCAUGGAAUCUUGCAGAAGAUCAUAUUCUGGCUACUGCAGCUACUAACGGGGCAGUGGUUGUAUGGAACCUUAGCCGUCCAUCAAGAUCCAAACAAGAACAUGUAUUUGUUGAUCACAAACGUACUGUAAAUAAAGUCAGUUUUCAUAUGACAGAGCCUAUGUGGCUUAUAUCAGGAUCUCAGGAUGGUACCAUGAAAUGUUUCGAUUUAAGAACAAAAGAAGCUACAAGGACAUUUUACAGUAAUACAGAAUCAGUUCGAGAUGUUCAAUUUUCACCUCAUCAAGCACAUACAUUUGCAGCAGUUUCCGAAAAUGGACAUGUGCAGUUAUGGGAUUUACGUCGCCCUGAAAAAUACUAUCAGCAUUUUGCAGCUCACAGUGGACCAAUAUUUGCUUGUGAUUGGCAUCCUAUAGAACCCACAUGGCUUGCUACUGCUUCCAGAGAUAAAUCAAUUAAAGUGUGGGAUCUCACAGCCAAGCCUAGUUGUGACUACAACAUACCCACAAUUGCAUCGGUUGGUCGAAUAAAGUGGAGACCAAAUAGGAAAUAUCACAUAGCAAGUUGUGCUCUUGUUGUGGAUUGCAGUAUUAGUGUAUGGGAUAUACGUAGACCAUACAUUCCGUUUGCUAGUUUUGAUGAGCACAAAGAUGUUGCUACCGGAAUUGCUUGGAGAGGAGAUCCUCAAUCGUUUUUAUCUACAAGCAGAGACUGCACUUUAUACCACCAUAUUUUUCAAGACGCCAGUCGGCCAGCCAGUAAGGCAAAUCCGCAAGGUAUUGCACUAAAUAUGAAGGGAGAAGUGGCCUAUGCGUGCAGAACGACCGUGAACACCCCAACAAGUGUAGAACAAAUCACUAAUAAAAUAAUGAGAAAAGCUCCAGCCAGUAAUGAUACAUUUUGCCAGGCUUCAAGCUGGAUGCAUAAGUUUACUCCGUUAAUAUCUAGCAAUAGAGAGCCAAAAUGGUUUAAAAUUUGUGCAGAAAAUUAUUUAUUGAGCGGAAGACUGAACGAAAUAUGUGAUCAUAACUCUUUUGUUGCCAGCAAUGCUGGCCGAAACGAUGUCAGUACAAUAUGGAGUAUCAUUAAAACUUGCUUCGAAAAUCCACUGGGAAAUAAUAACACGGCAAGACGACCGGUAUCAGAGCAAGACGUAAAUACUUUGAAUUUAGCACACUUGAGCACCAACAACGAUCAGUCGAAUACAGUUUUUGAGAAUGAUGUAAAAUCGCAACAAGGAGAAGCGGCCCCAGGCAUAGUAAGCGGCGGGGACGACGAGACAGAAACAGACGAGCCUCCGGAAAGUCAAAACUUUGCUGGACCGUUUCUUUCCAGUUACAGAAGGUCAUUGCCUAGCUACAAGCGUCAGUUAAAAGGUGAUUUUUCCUUUGGUGAAGGAGAACUUGAACCACUGACGAUCGAGUACAAUGGUGCUUUCAUUGAUAACAUGAUCGGCAACGACAACGACUGGUCGUUGCCCAAGGAGGCCUUUCCUUUAAGACAUGAAAUUCAAAACCGGUCACCUCCACCCGAACAAUUUCCCAAUCAUUCGCCAGACUUGAACGACGACAAUAUUUCGAUAAUGGUCGAAGAUCAACCUUGCCAAUUGAUUGUUACGUCGGUACCAAAACUAACUUUUUGGAAUCCAAAUUGUCUUGUUGAGGACGCCCUUAGGCACCAUGCAAACAUCCGUGACAUACAAACUGCCGCAUGUGUACUUAUAGCGCUUGGGGAUCGGCGGAAAGAUCUCAAAAUUGAAUUGGCUGUGCAAGAGCAUUGGCUUUUAGAGUAUUUGGAGAUGCUCAACAAGUUCAGACUGUGGGAAGUAGCUACAAGGAUCAUCCAGUUGGCGUGGAUCCCCUCGAUAUCUCAAAUGAACCAACAGUCGACAACUAUACACGCCAGCUGCUCAGCUUGCACAAAAGCUCUGCAGCGAUCAGCUUGGUUAUGCGAUCGUUGUCAUUCUUCGCAGCACGCUUUAUGUUCCAUUUGUCAUCAGGUGGUGCGUGGAAUUUACGUGUGGUGUCAGGGUUGCAGCCAUGGUGGGCACGUCAAUCACAUAAACGAAUGGUUCAAUACAAACAAACAGUGUCCAACGGGUUGUGGUCAUGCUUGUGAAUAUACUUGAAGACUACUAGCACUUUUUCUAGACUCAAAUAU